UGCCGUUUUGAUGGAGUCGUAGCUGGGAGUUUGCCGAUUACAAUUUAUGAAAAAAUUUGCACAAGAAUUUUUCCAAAUUUUUACAUAAAAUAUACAUAAACAAUAUAAAUUAAACAAAUGUGAAUAUCAAUAUUGCCAUCAAACAACAGUAGCACUGCAAAACCGAAGAAUUUUAUUUCGAAGUGUGAUGAAAAAAAUAAAAUACUUUUGAAAUUAGUUAGAAGAACAAGCAUACCACAAAACGAACGACAGCACGCGUAUUUUUGCAAGGCGAAAUUCCUUUGAAAAGAUUUGGUAAAAAACUCGUGUUUUUGUGUGUGGGAAACGUUCAAAGCGGUAUCCUGCAACAAAAAUGGCACAACAACAUGCGACCGUAGCCGCUUUGGCUGAUGAAUUGGCCAAAGCUGUUGAAUUGAUAAUGCAUCCACACACGGCUCAACAGGCACGUAUGGAGGCAUAUAUGGCCUGUGAACGUUUCAAGGAAGAGAGUCCUUUGUGUGCCCAAGUGGGUCUGUAUUUGGCCAGUGGCCAGUAUUCACAAAAUGUCAAGCACUUUGGCCUGCAGUUAAUGGAGUACACAAUCAAAUUCAAAUGGAAUUGCAUUUCGCAGGAAGAGAAGCUCUUCAUAAAAGAACAUGCCAUGAAAUUAUUGCUGUUGGGUGUGGGUCCGGCUGAAGACCGUUCGCUGUCUCAUUUGAAAGAUGCUUUGUCGCGUAUAAUAGUAGAAAUGAUCAAACGGGAAUGGCCCCAACAGUGGACGACGCUAUUGGCCGAACUGUCGGAUGCCUGCACAAAAGGCGAGGCCCAGACUGAAUUGGUGCUGCUGGUGUUUCUGCGUUUGGUGGAAGAUGUGGCUUUGCUGCAGACAAUUGAAUCCAACCAGCGACGUAAGGACAUGUAUCAAGCCUUGACCAAUAACAUGAAUGAUAUUUUUGAGUUUUUCCUGCGCCUUGUGGAAUUGCAUGUCACCUCGUUUCGCGAAGCAACAGGCCAGGGCCACUAUCAAAAGGCCAACGCCCACAGUCGUGUGGUAGAAAUGGUUUUGCUUACUUUGACGGGGUUCGUUGAAUGGGUCUCCAUCAAUCAUAUCACCUGCAAUAAUGGGAAAUUGCUGCAGAUCCUUUGCAUUCUGCUAAACGAUAAGGCCUUCCAAUGCAAUGCUGCUGAAUGUCUAUCACAAAUUACAAAUCGCAAAGGCCAAGUGAAGGAGCGCAAGCCAUUGCUUCUGCUCUUUGGGGAAGAGCCCAUGCGUUAUAUAUACUCUGCUGGACAAAUGGUGCCCACCGAUGAAAGUGCGGCCAGCUUGGAACAAAACCACACUUUCUUAAAGAAACUUGUACAGGUGCUCACUGGCAUGGGCCAACAACUGAUUGCUUUGUGGGGCAAGGAGGAUGGAACCAUACAGCGGCCGCCACAUUUCCAGAUAUUUUUGGAAUGCUUGCUUAGUCUAACGCGUCAUGCUUCCCUCAAUGUGUCGCAUGGCUCUGCCCUCAUCUGGAAUGCUUUGUUGAAGCAUGACGCCAUUUCGAAGGAUUCCGCAUUGUUGAGCUACAUUCCAAAAAUAAUAGAAGUAGUGGCACCACGUAUCAUUAAGACACCCUAUCCCUCGGCUAGAAGCUUAACCGGUGGUGCUAAUGCGGCAACAGCGUCUUACAUAUGCCUGGAGUACGAUUCGGAAGAAGAAUUUGCGGUUUUCUUCUACAGGUGCCGCACAGAUUUUCUGGAAAUAUUCCGCCAGGCGACAUUGGUACAGCCUUUGGUGACAUUUGCAUAUUGCGAGCAAUGGCUUAAUAUGCGUCUGGCAAAGGCCCACAAUGAAAGAGGCAACGGCCACUGCAGCGUAGUAGAUCCGGCAUACCUGGAAUGGGAGGCUUUGGUAUCCGUAUUAGAUGGUGUUUUAAGUCGCAUCCUAAUGGUAGCUGAAAGACCUUCGGUGCCUGCGGGAUUGCGUUUGUUGGAAGACUGUCUCAAACUGGAUACAGACAACCCUUUGACCUUGUCCAUAGUGCUAUCCUGUAUUUCCACACUCUUUGUGUUUCUAAGCAUGUCUUCAUGUCAAAUAACGCCAAAUAAUUGUGUGGCCAUGACUGGCGUAUCGCUAUUGCCACGAGUUUUGGAGAAAAUCUUCAACGCCUUAGUGUUUCGAGAUCCCAAUGAUCCCAAUCCAUCGCCCCAGCAAACUCUGACGCCUAGAGUACAGGCCUGCAAAAACCUAAGACGUCAUGCCGCCUCACUUAUUGUCAAGUUGGGCCACAAAUACCCUCUGUUACUGCUGCCCGUUUUCGAGCAAAUCAAUUCGCACAUAAAGACCUUAUUCCAACAGCCGCAUCAUCCCAUUAGCAAAUUGGAUAGAGUUACCUUACAAGAGGCUUUGUUGCUGAUAUCCAACCAUUUUUGUGAUUACGAGCGCCAGUUUGCUUUUAUCGGCGAGGUAUUGCGCGAUAGUCUGCCCCAUUGGUCGGCCUUUUCGCAUGCCUUCAAGUCUGCAUUAGAUUUCAUGCAUUUUGUGGGCUUGGACCUGCCACCCGUCUACCCCAUAGAGAAUGAUCCUUGUGGACCCCACCGUAGUACCCUAAUAGAUGCUCUGUACAUUGUUUUGGGAGUGAUUAAGCGUUGCACCUGGCCCGACGAUCCCGAUCGUGCUUCUCGCGGUGGCUUUGUAGUUGGAUUUACAGAACUAGGCAAUCCCAUAUGCCGGAAUCCAGCUUCCCCCCAUGUCAUACCUUUGUUGCCGCACAUCCUGUCACUGCUUCGCGUGCUUAAUGAACUUUUCAAAGCUGAUGCUAUAGCAGGUCUCUCGGAAGGCUAUCGAAAUAUACACACCAUGCUGGAACAUGAGAAAAAGGUGUUAAUGGGUGUGUGUGCUAUUCCAAUGGAUCCUUUGGAUCCAUCCGUAAAAAAGCCACCCACACCUUUUGACAAAAUGCAACAGUUUAUGACUUUGCUCUACGAAGGGUGCUAUCACAUGAUGGGCUCGGCCGGUCCUUCACUAGGUAGAGAUCUCUAUCAGCUGCAAGGUGUUUCAGAUGCUUUGAUCAACAGUGCUUUCGCCUGCCUAGAUGAUUUGCCCGACUACAGACUGCGCCCAAUUAUAAGAGUAUUUCUCAAGCCAUUCGUUUAUUCCUGCCCACCUGCAUUCUACGAUUCCGUGCUGCUGCCUAUAUUUGCCCACAUAUCACCGAUCAUGUGUCAGCGUUUGACUGCCCGAUGGACCUACAUAACUUCGCUCUACGAAUCGGGACAACUAAACGAAGAGGAACAGUCCAAUGAUACACAAGAAGUACUCGAAGAUAUGCUAAAUCGUUCGCUGACCCGCGAAUAUUUGGAUGUGCUAAAGGUGGCUUUGGUGGGUGGCCAAUUGGGUCCAGAAAAUGCGGGCAAUAAUGCAGCAGCUGCCACAAACUUGACAGCUGAUGUCACAAUGGACGCUGAAGAACAUUCCAUGGAUGGUGUAGCCCACACACGUGCUGCCCAGGCUGCCCUGCUCUCUGAUAUUAUUAGCGAUUUAGGUGCAAAACUUUUGCGCAAUCCAUCCACCACCAAUUACAUACUAAUGACCCUGCUUAGUGCACUCUCCUGGAAUGAUGGUACAUGUAAUCUAAAGGCGGUAAAUAUUGCGGCACCUGUAAUGCGUUUCUUAGCUGCCGAACAACUAAUGGAUGCCAAUAAAGCGGUCACUGCCUUUACUGCUGUAUUACGCGGCCUUCAAGUACAUGGCCAACACGAAGCGAAUCAGGCAGGUCUCAUCACUCUCGGUGUACAAUUCUAUGAAUUGCUGCGGCCCAAGUUUCCCCCACUGACAGAGGUAUUGCAAAGUGUGCCGAAUAUUUCAACAGGCGACAUACAAAAAUUCGAUGAGAAAAUUGCAGUUGCCCCCGUUAAGGGCAACAAGGUAGACAAGGCCAAAAAAGAUUUGUUCAAGAAAUUGACUGCUCCACUGGUGGGGCGUAGCAUUAAUCAGCUGUUUCGCCAUGAAAUCAAAAUAGCCAAUUUACCGCCAAUGCCAUCACAGAAACUUAAGAAUCCAACUGCAGAUAUUAUAGAUGCCAAUCAAAAUGCUGGUCUGACGAGCCUGUUUCAGGCAACAGCCAAUAAGUGACAGCUAUAGAUGAUAAUAUAAAACAUUUUUUAUAUACAAAACCUUAUCCUAAAUAUAUGUGUGUAUAUUACUAUAUAGAGAAUAUAUAUAUGGUUACCCGGAAUACUAUUCAUCGGAUUUCAGAAGACAGCCAAACAAAACCCUCAAGUCGUACUGGCUUUGUCGUAUCAUAUUGAGAUGAUGAUAGCAGACAUAUGUAUGAACAUCUAAAAAGUAAAUCAUUUAAAUAACCAAACAAGCAACAAAACUUAUAUUCCUGAGUAAAACUCCUGCUAAACAAAAGAAAUUCACAAAACAAACAAAAAAAUUGUAAUCUAUAUCUCUAAAACUUUUCUAAAAUCUUAUAUGUUGUACUAUGUAUGAUCGAAUUAACUAAACCUCCAACACAAUUUAUCCAAAUCCUCACCUCUGUCUCUCCCUUCUAUUCAUUAUUUAUAAUUAUUAAACUGUAUAGGUUCCUUUA